AUGGCUUUUCAUUUGCGCUCGGGGAUAUUUUCAUAUGGUGAGCGAAUUCUCUCGGAAGCUAAAUUACCACUGAGUAGUUGCGAAAGAUAUAAGUGGGGUCGCACUUAUCUUAAUGGCAAUAUAUCGGUGAGGAUGAGUUCCGGUAGAUUGAACUUCCAAUACUUCAAGUUGCUAAAAAGGCAUCAGUUUUGUGGAGGGUUUUGUCCAAGGUGUUUGAAUGACUUGUCAUUAGGAAAGACUAAUGCCCAGGUGGUCUGUGGGAUUAACACAAUUAUAGCUGAGACCAGAAAGAAAAUAAAUCUUCGGGAGGUGGUGAGACUUGUUUCAUGGAAGCAAUGGGGUUAUGUUAAUGGUGCGGCAAUUUUAUUGGCAAUGGCACUGGUGAUAAUUCCAAAGGCUGAUGCUGUGGAUGCGUUGAAAACGUGUACUUGCUUACUCAAGGAGUGCAGAUUGGAGCUCGCCAAGUGCAUUGCGAACCCAUCAUGUGCCGCUAAUAUUGCAUGUCUCCAGACCUGUAAUAACCGACCCGAUGAAACCGAGUGCCAGAUAAAGUGUGGAGACUUGUUCGAAAAUAGCGUAGUAGACGAAUUUAAUGAGUGUGCAGUUUCAAGAAAGAAAUGUGUGCCUCGUAAAUCGGACGUAGGUGAAUUCCCCGCACCUGAUCCGGCUGUGCUCGUGCAGAAUUUCAACAUCAAUGAUUUCAGCGGGAAGUGGUUUAUAACGAGUGGCUUAAAUCCCACAUUUGACACUUUCGAUUGCCAACUACAUGAGUUCCAUAUAGAGUCCAACAAACUCGUGGGCAAUAUUUCUUGGCGUAUAAAGACUCCAGACUCUGGUUUUUUCACUCGAUCGACGGUGCAGAAAUUCGUGCAAGAUCCGAAAUAUCCAGGAAUAUUGUAUAAUCAUGACAACGAGUUCCUUCAUUACCAAGACGACUGGUAUGUCUAG